GCCGUGUUGGAAGCGAUGGAAAGUGAUGAACUAUGUUUUGGUCAUGGCAGUAGGCCGGCGGCCCUAGAUAUGUCAUGGAAACAUCAGUGGCUGCUAUCGUCGUCGAGAAACAGCACACUAGAUCGAGUGCUGCUCAGUUUGCUCCAGGAUGACUUCUUCGAGUGGCAAAGACCGGCGAGCAUCGUCGGUUAUCUGUUUGUGUUUUUCGCGGUUGUUUGGAUAAGUUGGAAAUUCUACUUCAGCCCGUUCGUCUGGAAGAGGGACCUCACCGACAUCGGCUACAAUCACGUGCUGGACAACGAGCGCCUGCACCGGAACGACAAAAAGCGAGCCCACACCAUCAACCGGUUGCGCCGGCUCCGUAAGGUUGGCAAACGUAUUCCCCCGCCCUACCCGAAUGGAUGGUACGGUAUUUUGGAAUCGGAAACCCUAGCCAUCGGUCAAGCCAAAAGUGUCGAUUGUCUCGGUCAAAAUUUUGUCGUUUUUCGAAGCCACAGCGGCGAGGUCAACGUCCUGGAUGCUUACUGUCCCCAUUUGGGUGCCAACCUGGGAGUAGGUGGUAUCGUUAGGGGUGACUGUAUCGAAUGUCCGUUCCAUCACUGGUCAUUCAGCGGCCAGGAUGGGCAAUGUACGAAUAUUCCGUACAUGAAAUCCGGCUCGGUGCCGAAGGUGGCCAAGGUGAAGAAAUGGCAGUCACUGGAAGCGAACGGGUUCAUCUUUGUGUGGCACCACGUGGACGAAGAAGCCGAACCGUGGCAGAUGCAGAUCGUUCCCGAAGUCGAAGACGGCCGAUGGGUGUACUACGGAAAGAACGAGUUUCUGGUCAACGCUCACAUUCAGGAUAUUCCGGAAAAUGGAGCUGACGUCGCACAUUUGUCAGCGGUUCAUGGACCGAACUGCAUGUCCGGAAGCGAUAUCCGAUACGCUAGACCGGCUUGGGCGGAGUUUGGUAUGCACGCCUGGCAUGCGAGCUGGUUUGCUCCGGAAGAAUCCGAUCCGCCACACAUCGCCCGGAUGGACCUGAAACAUUCGUUCAAGUUCUUCAAAAAAUUUGAGUUCUGUACGGUCGAUGUGAAGGCUUACCAAAUUGGACCGGGCUAUGUACAGCUGAUGAUGCAAACCAGCCUCGGGCCCAUGGUGGCCCUCCAGACUGUCACCCCGGUUGAGCCGCUGGUGCAGAAGGUCAUCCAUCGAUUCUACGCGCCACGGAACUUGGGCAAUGCCAUCUUCCAAAGGUUUGCCAUCUGGGCUGAGAGUGUUAUGUUCGAAAGGGACAUGAUGAUUUGGAACCACAAACAGUUUAUCGAUAAUCCACUGCUCAUCAAGGAAGACCGCUUGAUCAAGUCCUAUCGGAAGUGGUACAGCCAGUUUUACUCCGAGAAUAGCAUCAGCUACACGCUGGCCAAGGAUAAUCUGGACUGGUGAAGUUGGCGGAACGGAGUCGCAUGGAAACUAUAUAAUAUUGAUACAAUAUGUACUUAGAGAUCUUAGAUGCCACCAAACGAGGAUUAGAUUAGAAUUAAAAGCUAAAACCCAGACGCUGCCUGUGAUUACCAAAACCAUAAAAUACUACUACUGCUACUA